AUGGCGCAGGGAAGCUGGGAAGCGGAUAAAAUGUAUGCAACCAUUAACAUAUCUGUUUCAGCAAACUUAUUCUCUCUGUCUUUUGUUUUGGUUUUUUUUUCCUCUCACUUCGUCCUACCCGAGUGACUUCUGUUUAGGCUUGACGUCUACAUCUACGAUUAUCUUCUAAAGAGGAAUCUUCACGCGUCUGCGAAGGCCUUCAUGACCGAAGGGAAGGUUGCAACAGAUCCAGUAGGUAUGUGACCAAUGUGUGACCUAUUUUAAGUGAUUUUCCCCUGUUUUGGCACUGCUUACACAGUUUUCCUUGGUGUCAUGGUUUUAACUUGCGUGUUGUAUCAUCUCUUACCUUAUCAUCAGCCUUUCUCGAAAGAGCGUACAGAUCGUAGUUACGCUCGUGAGAAUGAGUAAUUCCUUUUGUUCUUUAGCUCCGCAAGUGCUUCAUCAGUCCCAUUUAUUAGUACCAUGCCAUCUGUGUGAUAAUGCGAGUACUUAUACGAUGCAUACUACUGACGUUCAUGAGCGCUGAAUGCACGGAGAAUUAGAGUUUACGACCAGUUCCUGGUAAUCUUUUUGCGACAAAAAAACUCAUUUGGAUGGCUGAAGCUGUUCUGAAGCCAAAAGGUUAUCUAUUUGAUGCUGUCUUUCUUUUGGACCAAUCAAACCCUGAUGAAAUAAGAAUAGUUCCUCAAGGGAUUGUGUAAAAUUCCUUGCUGAUAAAGUGGAAAAAUAUCAGAGAAGAUUUUAAUAUUUCUCAAAAUGCUGUUAUGUACCCUCUGACAUCUUAAUUGACAUGCAGCCAUUGAUGCUCCUGGAGGAUUCCUUUUUGAAUGGUGGUCUGUCUUCUGGGAUAUAUUUAUUGCAAGGACAAAUGAGAAACAUUCCGAGGCAGCUGCAGCAUACAUUGAGGUAUUUUUUCUGAAAUGAGUCGUAGCCUUUUCAGGAAUCAUCAAUGUCCAUCUCAAAUGGUUGUUCACUACCUAUUAAAUUACUAAUAGGCGCAACAAAUGAAGGCAAGAGAACAUCAGCAACAGCUACAGAUGCAGCAACUGCAGCUCAUACAGCAACGGCAAGCACAACUGCGAAGGGAUACGAAUCAUCCAUCAUUGGGCGGUUCUAUGAAUGCUAUUAACUCAGAUGGUAUACUGGGACCGUCAACUGCUAGUGUUUAUGCUGCCAAACUCUACGAAGAACGUAUGAAGAUUCCACACUCUCUUGAAUCCGAGUCUUCUCAACAAUUUGAUGCUAACAGGAUGGCACUUCUAAAGUCAGCAACUAACCAUCCAGGGUAACAACUUUUACCUAAUUUCAUGGGACACUAGUUCUCAAGUUUUAUGACUUUCUACUGGAUUUUUUUUUGUUAUCUAUGUCUUUUCUGCCAAAGCAGGCCAUUAGUCCCUGGUAACCCAGGUGGUGUCUCUGGAGCACUACAGCAAAUUCAGGCAAGGACUCAACAAACAACUGUAACUACUUGAACUAUUUAUUUUUACUUUACACCUGUCUAGUGGUUGUUUAUAAUUCAUGUUGUAGAUUUGGCGGUUCCUCAUUUUUUGUGCUAAUUGUAGGACAUUAAGAGCGAAGUGAAUUUGGGUGUAGCACAAAGAUCAUCGCCCAUUGAUCCAUAUACGCAGGGGCUUAUGCAGCAAAAACCUGGAUUAGGUGCUGGUGGUAAGCUUUUCGUCAGACUUGAUAGGGAUAGUCUUCAGCGGGAAUAUGACUCAUUUGUUUAUUAUUUUGAACCAAGGAGGUGCACUGAUUUUUCCCUAAAAUGAUGAAUUUUGAAUUUCAAUUUUGAAAACACUGUAAUCCAAUAUAGAUUAAAUAGCUUUGUUUAUUUACGAAAAUUUUAUUCAUCAUAAAUUUAGGCAUUCCUUCAAAUCGUUAUCUACAUGCUGUGCUCUGAUUCACCAAUAUUUCUGACGCCAAAGGAGAGAGGGGGAAAAUAAUUUAAAACAAGAAGCUAUCAAACAAACAUUUUGAAAAUUUUAAGGCUAGUAUAUUUGUUCUGUUUUUUAUCAUAACGACAUUUUUUGAAAUGGAAACAUCCUUUCUGGAGGAUUUUUCCAUGAUGCUGAACAAAAAAUUAUUUGCUGACCGCCAAAUAUGCUGUAUGGUUGCACACUUAGAGUGUCAAUGAUGCCACUAAUAUCAUAUGAAUGAAAAAUAAUAGAAUCCGUAUAUACUAACCAGUUUGUCCUGGUGAGCUGAAUGGGGUUUGUCAAGGGUAAUAAUAGCCUUGAUGCCAUAUGGGAGACAUAACGUACACUACUGUUUCCAGGGAUAUUUGUCUUCCAUUCAGUACCUGCCGUAACGCUUAUUUGGGUGUGACGACCUGUGGAUUGUAUUCAUUGGGUUAUUGAAGAAUUGCCACCAGGAUACUUCCAGACAAGUAUCUCAGGGAAAUCUAGUGAUGUGUUGGAUUCAUAAUUUCUCUAUCCUCAAGAUUUAAUCAGCGGAAAGAAUCAUGGAUUCCUAUGGAAUACAGGGUCCUACUUAUCUACAUCUUUCCACUGUCUGAUGCCGUUUUAUUUUCAUGCAUGCUUGGAGCAUCUGUCAUUGCCAUUGAUCAUAUCAAAGAGACAUUUUGUAACCAUGACACCCAUGUCUCAACAUGUUGGUCACUACUGUUAGGUUACAUCAUCCGCUGGUGUUGUUCGCAUUGUUGCUGAUAUGAGCACAUGGAUUCUGUUCUAUUUGAGCUGCUGUGCUAAUUUCGUCAUGAGUACGAGAGACGUGCUAAAUGCAGAUCUCAUUCGUUUCUGAUCUGGGGUUUUGCCUCUUAUCCUUUGGUGACAGCACAGUUUUUUGUUGUGGGUGGUUCCUCUCUAAGUCCUUUUUCAUGUUCACUCCAUUCCCUGUGCAUGUUUUCCUAUCGUCCAAGUGCUCCUUUAGACCCUUGAUUACAGUAGUUCAUAGAUUUGGCUCUGGUUUAAUAACAAAAUGGAAUGGAGGCAUACUAAUCAAAAUGAACUCCAAUUUUUUUCUGUUCGUUAGGCAACUGCCUGUAGUUUAAGUGUAUUUUGGUGCUGUAAAAUAUCAACAUUUUCGUGAAAGCUUAUGGACUUAGAAUGGUGUCAGCAAUAGUGAUUUUAUAUCUUAUUUCUUUUUUCUCCCUGCAGGAUUGAACCAAGGGGUCAGUGGUCUUCCAUUGAAGGGCUGGCCUUUAACAGUAAGCAGUUUUCUGUGUAGAACUGAAAGUUUGUUGUCUCAUUCUUUGACCUUCCAUGAAUUUUAACAACUUCAGGGUUUGCUAAUAUGUGCAGGGAAUCGAUCAGUUGCGCCCAAGCAUUGGGCCUCAGGUGCAGAAACCAUUUCUGCCGACACAAAAUCAAUUUCAACUGUUGACACCACAGCAGCAACAACAUAUUCUAGCUCAUGCUCAUAUUCAAGGCAACCUUGGCAGCACCCCUUCCUAUGGUGAUAUGGACCCCCAAAGAUUUAGGCUCUUGCCACGUGGAAGCUUAAAUGGAGUAGAUGGUCAGUCUGCAGGGAAUGAUGGGGCAAUGAGUUCCACAAUUCAAUCAGGUUCACCUAAAGUCAGACCAGAUCAAGCUGAGUACCUUUUAAAGGUUAGUUUGUGCAUUUGCGUUAGGGUCGUAUAAAGCCGCUUUAAAGAUGCUUACAGUAAACUGAUAUUCUUAUUCUUAGGUAUGUUGUAACUUUUGAGUAUCCAUGUAUAACAAAAAGUGGCGUUGUGAAUUUAUGAGGUUUUACUACCUGAAGUUAUUUCUAAAGCGAGGGAAAUGUAAUGUAUCAUCAUCACUGGAGAUGAUGAAUCUUGAAACAUUUGCUUUUAUCCUUGCCAACUGAAAUUCCAAGAUAUUCUGUAUUUAUUUUAUUUUUGUUAGUGUAUAACUGGUAGAUUUGAGAAGAUGUAACCUUUAGAGGUCCUUCAAGAACCAUGUUUCUUAACAAAAAUCUAAAAGGACUUGUAUUACUGUAUAGAAAAUAUUGUAAAUCGACCAGAAGAUUUGGCUUUUUAGGAUAUUUCUUCAAAUAUGAGAGUGAGAAAAUGGGCUUUUCGGAUGCGCACAUUUUCUGCAAUCUCUGUAAAAAAACAAUUCAGCAGUGGUCACCAAAAAUGAGUUGCCUUGUAAAUGCUCCGUAACCACUUGAUCUAUCAAUUCUUUUCGGAAAAACCUGACACGUGCUCCAAUUGUACUUCCAUGCAUCCAGUUGAACUUCAGCAAAUGGAUUCUUCUCAUAUCCAUGACAACUCCUUUCUCAGAAUCAGGCUCACAUCUCUGGUCCUUUUAUGACAAUAGCAGGUGCUAAAACACGAAGGGGACUUAAGUAGUGAAGUUAGAGGGAAUAGUCUGGGAAGAUCUAACCUUAUCUUGCAAAAUGACUCGUCUUCACUGAUGUCCUGCCCACUAACUAAGAUGAAGAUAUCAGCAUGAGGCUGACUUUGUCUCCAAGAACAAAAAAACUCGUGUGUCUAAAUCUCUUGCACCGAAACUUGCGUUGAUAUACACAUGGAUUUACUGAAGUCAUCAGUCAUUUUGAUUAAUGGUCAUGAUGUAAUAAUCAGAUAAAAUGUAUUGUAGAGAUUUAAAAUCGUAUAAGUGGUUUGAAAAAAUAGUUUUCCAAAUUUUGCUAAUUAAGGGAACGCAGAUAGUAUUCUCACUAAAAGUUUUCAAAGAACUUGUGGCAAUCCUUCAUUCAAAGUUCAGAAACAGAUCGUCAUGCCAUUACAUUUAGUUGCAUCUUUCAUUACACGCCAGUGUGUUUUCAGGCUUUACUGGUUUUGAAAUUAUUGAGUUAUAUUACCCAAAGAACAUCUAAAGUUCGGCUUGUUUCUCAAAUAGAUGAAGAUGACGGCCCAGAUGCAGCAUUCUUCCUCCCAACCAUCUCAAGAUCAACUGCAGCAGCAGCAGCAACAGCAGCAACAUUUGCAACAGGUAGUGAAACGUAAAUAUGUUUUUAUUGCUCCUGUUCAGAUCACUUUUCACAUUUGCGAUAAAGACCUGCUAAAUUUUUCUUCUUUCUGUUGGAUGUACAAUACCAGAAUAAUAGGAAAAGGAGGCCUACUUCCUCUGGAGCUGCAAAUAGUACUGGUACGGGAAAUACAGUGGGGCCUUCUAACUCCCCUCCAUCAACUCCGUCCACUCAUACGCCUGGUGAUGGAGGACCAUUGUCUGGAAACUUGCAGCAUAUUAAUAAUAUGCCAAAGAGUUUAAUGAUGUAUGGCACAGAUGGAACAGCUACGCUUGCCUCAUCUUCAAAUCAGCUGGUAGUCCCCCUAUUGCUUUUGGUCUUGCUUUCUUCUCUUAGUGCAUAACAUUUUUUAUUUUUUAUUAUUUUCUAUCCACAUUGUAGGAUGACAUGGAACAUUUUGCGGAUGUUGGUUCCUUGGAUGACAAUGUGGAAUCAUUUCUCUCUCAUGAUGAUGGAGACGCGCGAGACAUUUUUGCUGCAUUGAAAAGAAGUCCUGUGGAGCACACCACAGAGUCUGCAAAGGGUAACUAAUGAUGUUUGCCAGCUGUCAGGUGAUAAUACUUCUGCAAAGUUGAUGUAACAGUGCUGAAAAUGUCUUCCAGGUUUCUCUUUUAGUGAAGUUAGUUGCAUCCGUGCAAGUAAUAGCAAGGUGAAUUGCUGCCAUUUCUCGUCUGAUGGAAAAUUACUGGCAAGUGCUGGACAUGAGAAGAAGGUAAUACAUUGCAAACUUACAAUGCUCUCCAGGUAUUUUGUUAUGCGUUGUUACCCUUGUUGGGUAGUUACCUGCUAGGAAUUUUUUGACCUGAGAUAUCUAAUACCUGUGUGGGACUUUGACAGUUGAUGUCCGUAUUUGGAUAUCUUCUCUGACAAUAUGAUAUGAUGUCUUUGUCAUGAGCUAACUGAGAUGGCCAGGACUUACAGAGAUACAACGUUUUGCCUCCAGACUGGGCGCAUUAAUGUCUAUUAACAAUAUUUCCAGAUACAUUGGUUUUCUUCUGUGGCAUUAAUGUUGAGAUGCUUGCUGCUCUUUAUGUUGCAGGCUAUUAUCUGGAACAUGGACACACUAAAAACUGAGAGCUCUCCAGAAGAACACAGCCUUCUGAUCACUGACAUCCGUUUUAGACCAAACUCAACUCAGCUUCUAACAUCUUCAUUUGAUAGAACAGUGCGACUAUGGAAUGUAGCUGAAGUAAGUUUUUUGGUUUCUCAUAUUUUUCUUGUAGCUUGCUUGUGUUGAAUCAUUUUUCUUUCUAAAUUGCCUGUUGCCUUUUAAAUUCUUUUACAAAAAAGAAAAUUAUUCUUUUAUUUUUACUUGCCUGUGGAGUCCACGGAACAUCUUUGGUCUUCGUUGUUUCUCAAGAACUUUGAACUGUGCAUGUCACAAUACAGAGUGGAGAAAAUUUCAAAAGCGAACUUUCUCUGGAAAUGUUUUCUCUGCAAUAAUUAUUGUGGGAAGCAUGCAGGGUGGAAAGGGACUAAUAUUCUGGUUGAAUACUCCCCGCUGCUCAUAGGCCCUGUGUGCGUGCACCCCUUGCCUACGCGAGUAGCCCGUGCUCAGAGAUAAACUGACAAAACCGGGGUAUAUCCUGAAAUGCAAGACCCUCUAAGUUAUAAGCAGAAAUCGCACUGAAACAGGCAUUGAUGGUGGCAGAUUUUGAUGGACAGAAAAAGGGAAGAGAGAGACCGUCAUCCUUUCCAACACCUGCCCAAUCUCCAUUUUUCGAUGGGAAAUGAGCCGGACCAUAUGUUAAUAGCCCCCCUAUCAACCCGUCUCUUUCACUACCCAAACUUCCCACUUUAAAAUAGGGAAACCCAUUUUUUUAGUUAUUCUUACUUCACUAAGCUUCGCUCCUACGUUUUUUUUAUGAUCGUUAUCUUCUCUGCUGGACAAUCUAUAAUGCCGUUCAUGUCAUAAUCUGGCUCAGAUUUAGCUCCCAACUUGUAAACAUAUACACGACGCGUGCAAGCUCUGAUGUCCAUAGCUAAUUCUGCCUUGCAUAUUUCUAACUAGUUCGGUUAAGUGACUAGCUAUUUGAUCCUCGUGUUUAGAGAGAUUAUUCUAACGGGGUUCCUCAUGUGCAUGCUGUCUCAACAUCUGUACACUUAUUUUCAAUGGGGAUGUCGUUCAAUUGUGGGAUUAUUAUUGAGGAUUUCAUUUGAAUAAGUUUGUUUCAACUCGAGCUUGGAGGUUAGAUUCUGAUGUGAAGAUUAAUAAUGGCUUUGCUUGCAGCCACAUUUUUGCUUGCACACAUUUACUGGGCACAAUUCUCCUGUGAUGUCCGUUGACUUCCAUCCAAAGAAGACCGAUCUAUUCUGCUCUUGCGACGACAAUGGCGAGAUGAGGUUCUGGAAUACCAGCAACUUCGCUUUCUCUCGUGUCUCCAAGGUCUGAAACGAUCCGGACAGUUCUUCUUUACACCACCAAGUUCUUCCUCCGUCUGACAUGAAAAACCUUUUCGUGUUUAUAUGUCAGGGUGCCACGGGCCAAGUUAGAUUCCAGCCUAGACUUGGUCAACUCCUUGCAGCAUCUUCAGAAAAACUGGUUUCCAUAUUUGACAUUGAGGCCGACCGGCAGAUACGCACGCUACCGGUAACAACCCAGUGAUUGCAUGGGUUUCAUGUUUAGAAUUGUAUUUGUUUAUUAUUAUUAGGAUUUUUUUGGAUAAAUAUUUCGUCUCUUAAUGAUAAAAUUCAGUGAUGUCAUGGUCUCAUGUUAGUAAAGGAAUAAUUUUUAUUGUCAUCAUUGGUUUUUAUUUAUGGAUAAAUCUUUGCCCUUUUAAUAAUCCAUUACUCAUUACUCCCAGUAAUCUCAUGGAUUUAUGUUAGGAAAAAAAAGAGAGGGAAUUUUUAUUAAUAGUGGAAUUCUUGUGUGGAUAGAUAUUUCAUCUUUUAAUUAUCCUCAAUUCAUACUUUUAUCAUUCUUAGGGACACACCAAAGACGUAACCUCGAUCUGCUGGGACUCGAAUGGAGAUUACUUAGCAUCCGUUUGUCCGGAUUCAGUAAGGAUCUGGUCGGCAUCUGGGGAGUGCAUCCACGAGUUCAAUUCCAGCGGGAACCAGUUCCAUUCCUGUGUUUUCCACCCCAACUACUCCACUUUGUUGAUCAUCGGCGGAUACCAGGUAAUAUCGUUGGUUAUUUCUUAUUUUCCUUUGAAAAAAGUUGUUUUCCAUGCGUCCUUCUUCCCAAAUUUCUCUCUCUCUCUCUCUCUCUCUCUCUCUCUCUCUCUCUCUCUAAAUCGAAGCAAUAUCUAUGGAAAGAAUGCAGUUUUCGUGGACAAUCGAUGGGUUUUUUUCACAUACUUGAUAAGAAAAUAUUUUAGAAAAAUCCAGGUAUUUGACUUAGAUUCACCGAUCUUUGACCCACCAAUCUUGCGCGUGUUUGACAAAAUGCCUGCGUAUCGUUUGCUCAUUCAACUUCACCAAGGUUAUCGAGCCCUUCCCAUCUCAUCAUUUUCCACACGCUCAAACACACGUGUGAAAAAUGCUGCUAGAAUAUUCCCAUUUUUGAUGCCCCAAAAUUCCCCCGAUCUGGCCUCCCGGUGGCCUCCAUUCGUGAUUAACCCUGUUUAUCCGCGGCUUCGAUGCAGACACUGGAGCUUUGGAACAUGGCAGAGAACAAGAACAUGACCGUCCAGGCACACGAUAACCUGAUCGCCGCCCUGGCCCAGUCCCCACUCACCGGCAUGGUCGCGUCCGCCAGCUACGACAAGUCUGUCAAGCUCUGGAAAUAG